UUGCUCGGAACAGUCAGAUCGCAAUACAAUUUGUAAAAACUAAGGAUUUUUUUAUUGGGCUGUUAUUUGGCGUGAAAACUGAAAAUAGUCGUUGAAAAUUUCAUAUAAAUAAAAGGUCAUAUUUUUGCUUAUCACAGCUACAUAUUUAUGAAAAGAUGGAUCCCAAAAUAAGUGAUGACUCUGUUUCCAAGGAUGGCGAAUCUUCAAUCAUUUCAAAUUUAUUGAGUGAAAUUUUAUCCAGUCCCAUGAAUAUAACUCUUCUAGCGAUAAUAUGUUUUUUGGUGUAUAAAAUUGUUCGUGAUCGCACUGAAGUACCGAGCGCUAUUUUGCCGAAAACUAAAGAACUUCAAUUGCCUAAAUUACGCCGGGAUUUUACUAUAAAAGAGUUGCGCCAAUUUGAUGGAAAUCAACCGGAUGGUCGUGUACUGGUGGCGGUUAACGGAAAUGUAUACGAUGUCAGUAAAGGAAAACGGUUUUAUGGUCCAGGUGGGCCUUACGCCACAUUUGCAGGAAGAGAUGCUUCACGAAACUUGGCAACAUUUAGUGUAGUUUCAAAUGAUAAAGAUGACUAUGACGAUCUGAGCGACUUAAGUGCCGUGGAAAUGGAUUCUGUUCGGGAAUGGGAAAUGCAAUUUAGAGAAAAAUAUGAACUUGUUGGUAAAUUGCUGCGUAAAGGUGAACAUCCAACAAUUUAUGACGAAGAUGACGAUGAUGAAAAUAUUAACAAUGAGGAAAUUUCUGGUACACAAAAUUUUAUAAACGAAGAAAAUGAUAGUUUGCGAAAUCGGCAAUCUGAAAUAUUUAAUUCAAAACUAAGCAAAGACAACAAAAAAAACAAUUUUGCUGGUGAUACAACUCUAAAGAGCACACAAAAAACGUUUACAAAUUGUUAGCAUUACUCAAAUUUUUGUACUACUACAUGCUGUUAGCUUAAAAUAAAUAACAUUCAGCAUUUAAGACCAUAAAAAAAACCAGUUGAGGUAAAAAAAAUAUUUUAUUAACUUUGACAGCUAGCGAUGCAUAAAUUACAAAACUUGUAUCCAAAUUAAAAACUUUGUAAAUCCAUUUUUUAAACGGGUACACCAAAAAUUAAGUUUUUUAAAGAUGUUACAAAGUUAGUUUUUAAUAUUUUUCACAUUGUAUGAUUGAUUCUAUGUAUAAAUUAUAUUUUUUUAUUUUGGUAUAAAUUUUUUUAAAUAAUCAAUAAUAAAACUGACGUCUAAUGGUAUGGGAUUUGUUCUUGUGAAAAAUGUUGUGUAUAAUUUUAAUAAAUCAUGAAAACUGAUGUUUAUCAAUAUUA